UAGGCGUUUUCUACAUGUGUUUACAGGCACUACACAGACGCGUCGCGUUAAAGCGCGUACAGCUUCACCACAACUGACUUUGAAGUUUACUUCUUCAUCAGAAUGGAAAACACACCUGUAAUGUCUAGCUGACGGCGCGGAUAUAAACGAAUUAUGUCUGCGAGAGCACAUUGUUGCUUUUCUGUAUGAUCAUGGCAGCGUCGGAAUGCCCGAGAAACUUUGAAGUUAAACGGAGGGAAACCUGGAAGCGUCACAUUAUUAGACAACUGAAACAGCGCAACGUGACACAGACGAUUGUGUUUCAGGAUAUUAUACAGUCAUAUCACAGUCUGCUGGAGAAGUCCAAACAAAGAGCCCUUAUAGCCAAAGGUAUUCUGGGAACAGGAACAAGGCAUUCACCAGUCCCUUCCUCUGAGGAUAAUUUGGCAUCUCUAAAGGCAACAACUGGUGAGCUUGCGUACCAAGUGGUGGAACUGCAGCAAAGAAUUCAGACAAAGGAAGCCACACUUGAUGAACAACAUACCAAGUUGAAUGAGGUCCAAAACUAUCUCAGUGUUGUGGCAUCAAAACACAGCACUCUUCAGAAUCACGUAGCAGAAGUGGAGGAAGGGAAUCACCUCCUGAAACAGAAAUAUGACGCCCUGCUGGAGAAGCACCGCCACAUGGAGGAAACAUAUCGGAAAGAGAAAAGUCGCAGUUCUGAUAUCGUGGAACGCAUGAUUCGACCGAAACAGCAGGCUGCUGUCCGCAUGAACCAUCGUUAUGAGAGGAGAGUGAGAGCCCGAGAAGCCAACCUCCACAAAGAGCUUCAGAUUGCUGCCAGUAAAAAAGUGAAUAUUGACGAAGAGUCUGCAAAUAUGUCACCUCCUAAACCAUCAUCACCAAAAUGUGAGACUUCAGAAAGGGUGGAAAGACCACUUUUCAGGUCUGCUUCAGCGACGUCUCCCCGUUUCAUCAACUCUUUCAAAGGUUUUUUCGAGAGAAAGAUCAGAGGUAAAUCUGUGUGCAGUUUUGAGGAAGAUCACUACAUACCAUUAGGCAUCUGCCUGACUGCCCGAGUCCCAACUAAGGCGAUCUUUGCACUGGAUGCUCAUGAGUUGGGAAUCAAUGCUGUGAGAUUCAGUACCAGAUCAAACCUGCUGGCUACCGGAGGAACUGACAGAGUUAUUAAACUCUGGGAUAUUGAAGCAGGAACUCUACAGAAUAGAGGUACACUAGAUGGAAGUAAUGAAGGGAUUACCAGCAUUGAGUUCGACCCUACGGGCACUCGGAUUUUAGCUGCGUCAUAUGACAAGUCAGCUCUAUUUUGGAGACUGGAUGACAGCGUUCCCAAGGUUACAUUGACAGGCCAUUCUCGUAAAGUGACAGCAGCCAGGUUUAAAUACAGUCAGAGACAGGUGGUGACAGGCAGUGCGGACCGAACCGUAAGGAUAUGGGAUCUCCAGCGAGCAGCGUGCAUACAAACCAUUGAAGUGUUAUCUUACUGUAGUGAUGUUGUGUGCUCAGAGUACUUCAUCAUCAGCGGCCAUUAUGACAGGAAAAUACGCUUUUGGGACAGCAGGGCAGCGACGUGCACACAGGAAGUUCCUCUUCAGGGCAGGGUGACAUCAUUGGACCUCUGCCCCGAUCACAGACAGUUACUCAGCUGCUCCAGAGAUAACAUCCUACAGCUGGUUGACCUGAGAAAGAGCAAUGACAGGGUGGUUUUCAGGGCGGAGGGCUUCAAAUGUGGAAGUGACAGCACCAAGGCCAUCUUCAGUCCGGAUGGAAGUUAUCUAGCAGCUGGCUCUGCAGACGGUGCUGUCUACAUAUGGAAUGUGAACUCAGGAAUGCUGGAAAAAAGGCUUCCCGACAUGCACAGUGCUUCAAUAAGUGCCGUGGCUUGGUCAUUGUCGGGCGAACACGUCGUAAGCGUGGACAAGAGUCGUCGAGCUGUGCUCUGGUGUGAUAUCUGACGACAGAUGUGUUUCCAGCUUAUCAAACAUAAGUCACUUCUGGAAAAGCACUCAGGGACGUCAUCGAAAAAACCGUGUUGGGUUGGAAACUUCACACUAUGCAUCCCAUCAACAAUAAGACCCCAUGUGAAAGUCUUUGUUGCUAAUUAGAUGUGUUGUAUAACAGUACAGACAAAUGUGCUAAUGUUACAGAAGUCUGGCGAAUGUCUGGGAUUAGUUUUUUAAACUUCCUUCCAAAUGAAUAACAGAGGAAGAACACAGGCCUGUACUACCCUUUUUAGCAACUUGACAAUCUGACCGCAUUGACUUUAACCUUUGACAUAAGCCAUUGACAAAUUACUAUAAAAAAUAAAAAGGGAAACAACCUUUUUUAAGACCAUGACAGCACAUUUCUGAAUACACGGAAACCCGACCCGUUGUGCAUUUAUAUCCAAGGUUGUAUUUUUAGGGAGCAUGUAAUGUAAAAUGUCAUUUUUUUUAUUUCCCCUUACUUGAAUGCUUAUUGUACAUUGUAACAAGCUGACAUGGAUUUCUAAAUACAGUAUACAAUCUAAAUGUGAAUAUAAAUUUAAACACAGCCUCAGGGAAGUGCUCAGUUAUAAUAGUUUUUUAAAAAUGAAUGAGAUGAAGCCUUUGCCGUUCGCCACACACCUUAGUGCUGCCAUAGAGACCCAGUAUGCUCACAGCUAAACCACACUCAGAUUAGCAUUUAAAAGAGCACUCUGUCUGAUCAUAACGCAUUGCGUUGACUGACUUUGAAGACCUAAAUUACUGCCAUCAGACAUCACAGAAGUCCAGCGUCAUUCACAGGCCGGCCUAUGAUUUGAUUUGCUACCUUCAUUUGCAUGUUAAGUACGGGUUGGAUGGGGAAAGCUUAAUGCUUAGUUUAUGCAGAGUGUGUUUUACAAUUCUGACAUUUAUUCUUUUUACACUGAUUCUGUAUUAGUUCAUACGAUGAAGUGUUAGACAUCACUGAUUUACAUUGUUACAAAGAACUGAUCUUAUGAUUGACCAAAAGAAAGCAUGUCCAGGGGCCUGUACCACAAAAAAUGGUUAAGUUCGCUAGCCAGGUAAGUUUAGUGUUAGUUUAUGCCAAUUCUAGGUUUUGGGUAGCUCGACUUUAAAGGAUAAGUUCACCCCAAAAUGAAAAUGUGUCUAUAUUUUACUUGCCCUUAAGCUAUGCUGUAUAUGACUUUCUUCUUUCCGCCAAAUACAGUUGGAUUUAUUUUUAAUAUUCUGGCUUUAUAAUGACAAUGGAUAGUGCCUCAUUUUUAAAGCUCCAAAAAGCACACACAUCCAUCAAAAACUAAUUUAUACAAUAAAGAGCCAGAGAAGAAAGCUGAAAGAAGAAAGUCAUACACCUAGGAUGGCUUUAGGGUGAGUAAAAUAUAAUUUUUAUUUUGGGACGAGCUGUUCCUUUAAGCCAUGUUCUGCGCAAUAGUAACUUCCGCUACAUGGCUAACCUGCUCUGGGGCAGAAAUGCAACCAAUCAGCUGUGAGCAAAGUAUAUAACUAUAGUUUAACAAUGGUAAAUAAUGAGAACAUAUGAAUCAGUCAUUAGUGAUUGCCAACAAUUCAACUAAAUUCAAUUUUAUUUAUAUAGCGCUUUUCACAAUUGGUAAUUGUUUCAAAGCAGCUUUACAUUAAUAAAAGCAGUGAAAAGCACAGAAAAUCGACAGAUGGCAUAACAUAAUACACGAUAGUAUAAGCAGCUAAAUUUGCUGCGGCUAUGAAUCAACAUUAAAAGCGAGCGUAUUACUAAUUUAACGUAAAGAAGAGGGUGCUAAGUUAAGCCCAAGAAGGCUGCCUCCCCGGGUUGAAAAACCCCUUAGGAGAAAAAAACCUGGACUUUUUAACCGGGAAAAUAAAAAAGUCCUAGGAGGGAAAAACCCUUGGGAUAUAUAUAUAUAUAUAUAUAUAUAUAUAUAUAUAUAUAUAUAUAUAUACAUGUAAACGGAUAAGGAGAUUAAGCAGAGUUUAAGCGGGUUCUGCCGGUGAUUGUUGGUCAGGCAUCAGCUGGGCAUCACGUUGAAGGACGGCCAGUAGAUCAGAGGUGUGCUGACUUUCACAUUUACCGGAACUGGGUCUGUUUGUCUCAUUGUCCUCGGGGUCGAGGACGAGACAGGGAGAGAGAAACAAAAUCCUAUUAGCGUAGGGGCCGUUCACAUGUAAUGCAAGUGUCACACAGUGAUGUGGUUUAAAUCAGCUUGGUUCCAGACAGGCUAACUAUUGCAGCAUAAGUAUGUUACCCACAGUUGAGGAUUUAGCAAGUUGGGGGCCCAAUGUGAAGGUAUCUAUGGUAACUAUGGGUCACCAUCCGAUCUUUAAAAGAAAAUGAAACAUGUCGACCCAUUUGCACCACUCUCCUCUAUUGUUCUGGCUGUAUAAGUGACAGCACAUCAAUUUUAAACCCACUAAAUGGGCGUUUGCUACCUAAAUAGGGCACUUUUGGCCACCUAUUAGCACAGCCUAUAAACACUAUACCAAUUUGUUUUGGUAUAAUCGUAUCCUGAUGGAUAUAUAGUGUUAUAAGCCCAUCCUUCAGUCUACGUUCUCUUUCCGCUUCCUUACGCCAAGUCAGUUUUGACAUUGACAGCCAACGGGUGAAAGAGUUACAUGUGCUUCAGAUCCAUGGUGAAAGGAAGUCAUUCCGCACAAAAGAGGCUUUUACAGACACUCCGUUGUUUUUUUUGAUUUAUCUACACACUUGUGUCAUCGAACUGUUGCUUAUAAAUGAAUAUCGCUCUCGGCUGUGAUUGACUCGUUAUAGUCUCUGGUGUAAUCGCAGCCAUCCUGUAAUAGACUUUUAUCGCGUGAUUAUGAGCGUGAUAUUGCUUUAAUAAUAUAUUACACUUUUUUAUAUUUGUUUUUUUAUAUGGACAGACCAAACAAGCUAGCCUGGUUAAAAAAAAGUAUCUAAGUUAUGGUCUGGCAAAACUUCAUAGACAAAUAAUUUCCAACCGAAGUCGCUCAAAUGCCUCUGGACGUAAGUGGAUAAACCUAAAACAAAUCAGAUCGAUGAAGAUGACGUAUGCAGAGUAAGACAGCGAUAACAUCUUUAUUAGAUAUGAAGGCUUUGAGUGUUGUUCUUUGCUCAAGUUUUAACGAAAAGGAAAAGUUUAAAUCGCUUAAAACAGACGCGAUAGCUGAUUCAAAUGAGUGAUGUUCCACGGCGGCAUCCAUCUUUGUAAUGUACAAAAUCUGCUUUACCGUCGCUGCACUGUAGUCAUCGUAGAAAGACCGCCCCAACAUUCCUGAUUGGUGCUGCAAUUUCGAAGGAUUAGAAAUGGGCUCUUUGCCAGACUUACUUGCAGAGCAAAUCUAUAUUUGCCGGAAGUUGUCUGGGUUUUCCCAGGCUACAAACAAGCAAUAAAAAAGCCAAACUGCCGUUUUAAGGACCAAUGACUGUGUCAAUAAAGUCUGUUGUUUUGCAUAUGAAUCCAUAGCAUAUACUGUAAGUAAACAUGACUGUCUAUGUUCUGAUAGGCAUGAGUACUAAAUAGGACCUGAGACUCUUUAAGAAAUGAUCCUUUCAACAAUGUAUCAAUGAAAGAAGACUUUCCUAAAUGAACCUUAAGACCCUGUUACCAGAGUUUGUCAUUUUACAUAUUUUGUUAAGUAUUUGGGGGGGGGGGUUGUUUUUGAUAAGCUUAAAAUUCCUUAAAGUUUAAGAAAACAUUUUGUAUUCAUUUGUACAGUAAACUAAAGGUAACAAGGGGUAGUUGAAUGCUUGGUGAAUGCAGUCGGCACUACAGUUUGUUUGUUUGUUUGUUUUGUACACACAGCUUCUGUUUUUGUAAUGGCAGAUCUAAAAAGUUACAAACGAAAUAUCAAUUCAAUGAUAAUGUCAUAAUAAUGUGAAGUUUGAUUGUAAUUGUUUGUUCCAGUUGAGUUUAUUAAGACCAUUUCUAAAAUCCCUAUUUAAGACAUUUGAUGUUUUUCAAACUAGCUUCUGUUCAUUCAUUAUAUGUUAGAUAAUUUAACUAUCUAGCAGUGACGGCCGGUGACCUCUCUUUAGAGAGGCGCAAAUUCAUAAUAUGUGUUCGGAGUGUCAUGUGAAGCCUGUGCAUCAUGCGUCUUGUCAAAAUAUGUGUGAGGUGCACAUGACGCAUCAAAAUUAUUUAUGAUAAAAGAGAGGCUCACGUUCACAAAAUACUUGCAAAACUUAAUAGUAAAUCCUGAUUACACAUGAGAUUAAGCGAGUAUCUGGCGUUAGAGAUCUUCUCGGGUCCAAAGAAAUGUACCCGACCCAAAAUAACCUGAAUCACUUUAUACCCGAACCCAACGUGCAUAAAUAAUUUUUUUGUUAAAGACAAACCCGAACCCAGACAAACCUGAGAAAAUUAGACCCGAGUCCGACCCGACUGUAAACGGCACCAUGUGUGCAGUCUGCAGCCGCGCACGUAGCAGUCAGACAGAAAGAAACCCCGCUGGUCUCGCAACCAAUUUGGCGAGCUGCUCCAUUUGUUUGAAGACGACACCCAUGCUAUAAUGUACAUUGACUGACAUGUCUGACUCAAUGAAAAUUAACCUAGCGCCAGCCACACAAUGUCGCAAGCACUCUUGGCAAACAGAGGAGAGGUUUGAAAAGGACUUUGAAGCACAUGAGAGAGUUUGGGUUUUCGGGUCCGUUCGGCAAAAACACAUUCAUUUUAAAUUACCCGAGACCCGAUGCCGCUAAUAUAAUACCCAACUCGUGUCCAAGGCACACAUCAAACUUUUAGACCCAAACCCGAUCUGGUCUCGGGUCGGACUUCGGUGUUUUGGAUCCAAGUGGACCCGUGAAGACCUCUAUCUGGUGUCUCUUUUAUCAUAAACCCCUUAGAAGUGUCCGCAGCAGGCUUGUAUUUUGAAAUCACACGUGAUGCACAUAAGUUCACAUGACGUGUCAAACACAUUUUUUGACAUGACGAGCCUUACACAUGACAGGCUACAAACAUGUUGUGCACCUUCAGAAAAGAAGUCACUGGCCGCCACUUAUAUCUAGUUUCCACAACAAUAUCUGUAAUACUUAAAAAAGUAAUGGAACACCAAAGUGGACCCUACUAGUGGAAAGUGCCGGUAAUAAGUUUAGCAUUGAUUUUAGGACAUUAUUAACGUAUCUUAUUUCUCCGACUGUUUUAGUGUAUAUACACUUUUUAAUGACGAAAUAAUGAUGCUAUGGGUAUUGCUGUCUUGUCAUAUUUUGUUUAAUUUUUUUCAAGCAUCUUGAUGUGACUUAUGUGAUGGAUUCCUAAGGGUAAACUGGCAAAGCAGUGUUACAAAAGGCACAAUGAAACACUAAAAAGUUGGAUCAUGGAUGCAAUUAAUAAAACCAUGUCAUC